AUGACUGCACUCUUCAAUUUUCAAUCGAUGAUGGUCGUUAUCAUACUAUUUGUGUGUACAUGCACAUAUCUCCGGUUGAACAUCGGGUUCAUCCGAAACUUCAUGGACAAGAAAAAAGAGGGUGUUCCGGGGAUGAUGUGGAAAGCAGCUCGGCUUGGUGAACGAGCGUCGCCAUGGGUUUCUUUGUCGUGCAUUGCUCUUGGAAUUGCUACUUUGAUUUGGCAGCAAUAA